ACUGAGACAUGGUAUUAGAUUAUGAUUGCAGGUAUGGAUUCGGAUAUCAGGAAGCUCACUUAGUCCAUUUUUGUCUCUAUAUGUCUUACUUCAAAUUCCAUACAAUCUUGAGAAGUCUAUACAAUCUUGACGGAGUCACAUGAUCAAAUACAACCCGCAUGUUGUUAAUAUCGGCAAUAUCAAAUCCCAAUUAACGAAAUUGCUUGGCUUCUACGUGUGAAGUUCGUCCAUGGAGAUGCUGAACACGGAUUUCAUCGGCGGAGAAAAAACAUUCAACUUCUCGAAUUUUGAUCCAUCAUAUUUGGAAGGAAAAACAAGCGAUGAUAGCAACCAUAGCACCAUAUCGAACGAGGAAAUACCACCGGUGUCACAUGAAACAUUGGGAAGCGACGGCGACGACGACGCCAAAAGUUUCAACAGUGAGGAUUAUGCCGGAAGCAGGAGCGAGUAUGAGAGUGAAGAAGCUUGGAUUGAGAAGAAGGUGUACAUUAGACGGUUGGUUGAGUCACAGGUGACCUAUCAGCGUGCCCUGUCCUUUCCUUUUGUUAUGCGGUUAUCAAUUAUAGUGACUUAACAAUAGAUUAUUUUGUUCUGUAAUGGUUCAGUUUUACUGUGUUGUUAGGGUUUUGAUGUCCCCCCCUACCAGAUGGUAUCCCAUUUGGCGCAGUAUAUCCACUCUAUACGGAGGAGGCUUUGGAGGGGUAUGUGGAGGAGGAUUCAGAGGAGGAUCCAGAGGAGAAUUCAGAGGACGACGAUAAGUAUCGAUCUGAUUAUAGCUUCGUGAAGGAUUACACCUCCAUGGCCAUUGAUAAGUACAAUGCUGACAAUGCAAAGCUGGAACUAGUGCGGAUCAAGAAAGUAAACUAUGGACUUUGUUGUGGUUACAAUUACUAUAUAACCUUCCUUGCCAAAGACACCAUAUCGGGAGAGGUGAAGACUCUUCAAGCCAAGGCUUACCAUUGCAUAUUCAAAGAAGAUAGAAGUUUGACUUUCAUGAGGUUGGCACCUGGACAGCAAUGAUUACCCAAUCCAAGUGCGAAUGAGAAUAGUAAAUUUGAGCUGCUGGAGAAUGGUGUUGGAGCUGAUGCCAUUGAAUUUUAAUUAUGGCGUGAUAGUGUCUGUCUGUCUGAGCUACAAAUAAUUGGAACCGCUCAUUGAUGUAAGCGAUAUAAGGAGAACUUCAAGGCUAGGCUACUAUGGAGGAAUCUUGCUGCUGCUAUUACUACUACUACUAUUAUUAAUAUUAUUAUUAUUGUUAUUAUUAUUAUUAUUAUUAUUAGUAUUAUUAUUAGUAUUAGUAUUAAGAUGUUUUCUUUUGGACUGUUUUCAGUCCCAGACCAGACUUAAACAGACCAGACCAGACCAGACUUGGAUAGUUAUAAAAUACACAGAGACCAGACGUUUACCAGACCAGACCAGACUUAAACAGACCAGACCAGAUCAGACCAGACCAGCAAAUUUCAGUUCAAAAGAAAACAUCCUUAGUAUUAAUAUUAGUAUUAGUAGUAGUAAAAUUAUGAACAUUACCACCACCGCACCACGGGUCUACCAUCACCAUGGGCAUCAUUGUUAUUAUUGUUAGCGUCACCAUUAUUAUUAUUGUUACCAUCACUAUCAAUAUUGUUGUUGUUGUUGUUAUUAUUAUUUUAUUAUUAUUAUUAUCAUCAUCAUCUUCU